AUGCAGCCAGCAGAGAUCAGAUUCUCUCUACAGAGACCUCUACAGCAAAGAGAUCCAGCUAUGGCACCUACAAUCACUGCAGCAAUGACCAACUCUCAGGAGCAUCACACUCUGACCCACAAGCUCAGAAAGCCUCUGGUGGAAAAGUUACGCAGAGACCGAAUCAACAGAAGCAUUGAGCAGCUCAAGUCUCUCCUGGGUCCAAAGUUCCUCAAACAGCAGCCGGACUCCAAGAUGGAGAAAGCAGACAUCCUGGAGAUGACAGUUUGCCUCCUGAGACAGCUGCAGCAGCAGAAUCAUGCUGUUGAGUCAGCAGCUGUGGAUCAAGGCUACUCCAGGUGUGUCCGAGAGGUGGCACACUUCCUGUCCAAGGAGGAGGUGAAGACACAGUCCCAGAGAAGAUUGCUGAACCACUUCAACAAGCUGCAGUCUUCCUCUGAGAAGAACCUGAGAGAGGCUGACUUCUCUCCUCUGAGCUCCACAGUCCAGACCAGCAUCACUAAAGAGAAGAGUCCAGUCAACAGCGCCCUCUGGAGGCCGUGGUAG